AUGCCAAGUCACGCAGGGCAGACGACCCAGCGACAGCCGCUUUGCACCGUUGGGUACAAGCGUUUCUGCCUUUAUCCGUUCAAUCUCUCUGCAUCAGUGUCGCGGCGAGGAACGUUUACUGCUACGAAUCUUUCGAUGGCAAACUUGAGGAUAGUUCGUUUGGUGAAAUUUCGACACUGCAGUCGGAUGACCGGGUCCGGCGACAUUCCUCCACUCAAGCAAGCAGGCCAGAACCAAGUUUGUCCGUGCUUCAUGACCCGUCUGUGUUACUUGCUGGCGCCCGGUCACACGGACGGCGCUUUUACCGUCUGCAUCACGAUGGCACGUUGGAUGUUUUUUUAUCACAAGCAAAAAAUGUAUCCGAAUGUUUACUCAAGCCGGAUGUGA